CAGCAGCGCACCCAAAGAGACCGCAAUAAUUCCAACUGCAAUUACUAUCGAUCCGCCUGCUCGUUGAAGAUAAGAAAAAAAUGACACCGACUUUGGUCUCCUCACAAACCGGCGCGGCACAAUUCCUCACCGUUCCCGGUCGAGGCACCGUCGGCAGAAUACACACCCUCUCCUCCCAAUACCCUGUCAAACUGAUGUCGCCAUCUCCACUACCAUCUGCCAAAUCACUCGUUAUUCAUGUUCUUUCGUACGGCGGUGGCUUGGUUCAAGGGGAUAAUGUCACAGUGCGCGGAACUGUCUCGACAUCUUCCACCGUUGUCCUCACAACCCAAGGAUUCACGAAAGUCUUCGUCGGUGGCCGUGGGUCAAAACAGAGCCUCGAAAUCAAAGUCGGGAAGGGCGGAAUAUGUGCUUUACUACCUGAUCCGGUACAGUGUUUCCGGGGGAGUUGCUACGUUCAGGAUCAGGUCUUCGAGGUAGAGGUCGGAGGGAGUUUGUGCGUGUUGGAUUGGGUAUGUGAUGGGCGAACGGGAGAGAGUUGGGAGUUUGAGAGGUUUUUGUCGAGGAAUGAGGUUUGGGAGGUGCAGCCAGAGCCAGCCAGCAAUGGGGAUGGCACGACAAACGGAGAUGCGACCACAAACGGAGAUGCGACCACAAACGGAGAGUCAGACGAGAAAGCGAAAGGAUCCCGAAGACGACUAGUGAUCAAAGACAACGUCCGCCUCGACGGAUCAGUCCAACAACGGAUGCUAUCACCUCACUCCCCUCACCGGAUGUAUACAACCCUCGCAACCCUCAUCCUCCAAGGUCCCGCCUUCGACGCACUUUCCUCCUCCCUCCUCACCCGCUUCCGAAACGAAAAGGUCAAUGUGCAGGAAACAAGUUUAUGGACAGUUGCGAAGACUACGAGGGGGGCUACGGUUGUGAAAGUUGCAGCAGAGGGAGGGGUGGAGGAGUGUAGGAGGGUUAUUUGGGGGUUGGUUGGAGAGGGCUUGGAAGAGUUGGUGGGGAGGGAGGGGGUUCGGGCGUUGGUUGAGUAGACGAAAGAACGAAGAAGGGAAAUGGAUAUACCUGGUAUACACCAUAUUGAGCAUAUAGGAUCUUGAAUUUGCAAUGGACGAUUUUCACCCUCG